GUUUAAACUGACGGUUGUUAUUGUUGUGGAGGUCUGGGAUUUAAGUUUUGCAGAUGGAAUUUCUGAUCCUUCGUGUUAUUCAGGCAAAUAAGAUAAGAAAACUAUAAACCAUUUACAUAUAGCACUUCUUACCACACGUCUAGUGUAGUGUUCAUUUAGGAAAACAGGCAAAACGCGGGUGGAAAUCUGCCAAGAUGUCUCUGCCACCGGAGAAAGCUUCUGAACUGAAGCAGAUCAUACACAACCAUCUGAUCAAGGUAGCUAGCAACCUAAGCAUAAAACAAUUAAUAAAAGCUAUUUUCAAGAUUAAUACAUUACCAAUCUGAUAGCUAUGUGUUCAAUACAAUGGAGCUAGCUACUUGGAGUUGGUACUACGACUUUCUCUUACUGAUAGAGAACAUUAGCUAACACAUGAAUAGACAUAGCUAGCUAUGUACAGGGAAACACUUCUAGUUAAAGGCCUGAGAGACUGUUGGAUUAUCCCACUUAUGCCACUAAGCCAUUGAGGGAGAACAGCCAGAGUGGGGCUUGAACCAUUCUGUUCUGAGAUUUUGUGAGUAAUAAGGUGUGUUUUGUCAGAUAAACAUCCAUGAGAAGAUCAGGGAUGUGUUGGCAGAGACAGUGAGAGAGGAUCUGGACCCUGGACAUGGCUCUCUCUCUGAGGAGGACUUCCUCAGGGCUCUGCAACGCAGGGGAAUCGUAGACGAUGUCAUGAAGGAUCUACAUUUCUCUAAGGUGAGUUAUGGAGAAUCUUCUGUUCAGACUACACAUUAUUAUUGGAGGUUGAAUGCACCUUUCUACAGAAGUCCAGAGAGGACAUGAAUACACAAAAUAAUUCCCUUGUUAUGUCGAGAUCACGACUUAUCUCAUGAUCGCUACAUAACAAAAGUUGUUUUAUUGAGAUCACAAGAUAAUUGGAAGUACCACGCAUCAUCCAAUCAUUUGUUCAGAUGCACCAUGCACGAUAACCACCUCAUCAAGGAGCCCUGUGGCUGUAUUGAUCGCAAUGCGCUCGUGGGGCAUUUAAGCCCUGCACAAUGCCUGACAGGCAGCACUGUCUCCCAGGCUGUGUGCCGCCCCAAAGACCACAGCCAAUUGCAUGCAAGGAACAACGCAGCUAACUUGGCAAGUCUUGUGAGCCAGUUAGCUAGGUAGUCUUACUGGAAAGUUAUCUGUGCUGGUUGUUAGCUUCCAUAACUGAUAUGUGUUUAAUUAUAAUGGACACUUCAUGCUUUGUGGAUAAUAUUUACAUUUACAGUGGGUGAACUCCAUUCCUGACAGGCUGAUCAGAUUCAAUUUCAGCCUCAAAGGCUGAUAAAUCAGGAUGCUGCCUUAUAGGCUGUUUCAUGGGUAAAGCUCCUUGCAGGCAGAUUAGCUGUCAGUGCUUUAUAGGUUGAUGCAUAUAAUCCAGAGUAGUUGUGCUCUAUUCCUGGCAGGCUGAUCAGAUUCAAUAGCAGCCUCAGAGGCUGAUAAAUCAGGAUGCUGCCUGUAGGUUGUCUGCAAGGAGCCUUUCAAGCUGCUAUUGAAUCUGAUCUAGCUCUGAGGCUGCUAUUGAAUCUGAUCUAGCUCUGAGGCUGCUUUUGAAUCUGAUCUAGCUCUGAGGCUGCUAUUGAAUCUGAUCUAGCUCUGAGGCUGCUAUUGAAUCUGAUCUAGCUCUGAGGCUGCUAUUGAAUCUGAUCUAGCUCUGAGGCUGCUAUUGAAUCUGAUCUAGCUCUGAGGCUGCUAUUGAAUCUGAUCAGCCUGUCAGGAAUGGAGCUCACCCACUCUGUACAUUUAAAUAUUAUCCAUAAAACAUGCAGUGUCCCUUACAAUUAUACACAUAUCAGUUAUGCAAGCUAACAACCAGCACAGAUAACAAGCUAGCUAGCUAACAAGACUACCUUGCUAGCUAGCUAGCUAGCUCGCUCGCUCACAAGACUAGCCAAGUUAGCUACAUUGUUGCUAGUAUGCGAUUGGCUGUGGUCUCGGGGGUGGCACACAGCCUGGGAGACAGUGCUGCCUGUCAGGCAUAGUUAAGGGCGUAAAUAACCCCAUGAGGGCAUAGAUGCCCCAUGAGCUCUAAAGGGACAUUUAGCUUGCUAACAUUCUAACUUAUAAACUGAUAAGGAGCUCCAAACACAAAUGAAAGCAUGAUGUCAGCAUGAAAUGUACCAUCCCUUAGUGUAUCAGUCAAUAAAAACGUAUGCACUGAUCCACCGUGGGCUCUGCCGCCUCAGCCAUACUGGCAAUCUAUCAUCAAUACGUCCACUCCUAUUUAUAGAGUUUAUCUCGUGAUUUCAACAAAACAACUUUUGUUAUGUAGUGAUCAUGACAUAAAUAAGUUGUGAUCUCGACAUAAUCUAUUUUUUCAUAUGUCCUCCUCUGGACUUCCGUACCUUUCUUUUUAACGUUGACACUGUUUUGAUAGGAAGUGCCUGACACAGAGUUAGGACUCCAGAGCACUCCAAAGCCUGCAACUCACUAUAUUGACAAGGACCUGACAAAGCUCAAGAAAAGUAAGAAAAGCUGUUAGCGGGGAGAUUGAACGAGCAGUCUCCUGUAGCACCUAAAGUACCCUUACUACUGUUCAGUGUCAAAUGAUUCUAUUUCUGUCCUCCCAGUCAACAUGGACCCAGCGAGGAGGUACCUGUACCUCCAGGUCCUGGGGGGUAAGGCCUUUCUAGAGCACCUCCAGGAGCCAGAGCCCCUACCUGGGCAGGUCUGCUCCACCUUCACCCUCUACCUGCACUUCAGGAACCAGCGCUUCCGCUCCAAGCCUGUCCCCUGUGCCUGUGAGCCAGACCUACAGGAGGGCUUCCUGCUGGAGAUACACAGAGAGGGACUGGGUACAGACUGGUUUACUUCCUGACUGCCUGAUAUUACACAAACGGUUUACUGUAGACAACAUUGCCUCCUUUAAUUUACCAUUUAUCUUUGAUCCCCGUUGUAAAGUAGUCCUGUUUACUAGUUGACCUGUUUACCUCACCUGUCUGUUGUUCCACAAGUGUUAACUUUGGAUAGUAACAACAUUGCCUCCUUUAAUUUAGCUUCUCUCAUUGAUCCUCGUUGUACAAUAGUGGAUUUAUAUUUUAUGGCCAGUUUUACAGGCCUAGAUUGAGCUUACUCUCGGACAACAAAAGUAUUGGGGCCUCCCGAGUGGCGCAGCGGUCUAAGGCACUGCAUCGCAGUACUAGAGGCGCCACUACAGACCCGGGUUCACCCCUGCAGGCUGACCUCGGUCAUCAGUUGAACGGUGUUUCCUCCGACAAAUUGGUGCGGCUGGCUUCCGGGUUAAGCGGGUGGGUGUUAAGAAGCGCGAUUUGGCGGGUCAUGUUUCGGAGGACGCAUGACUCGACCUUCGCCUUCCCGAGCCCGUUGGGGAGUUGCAGUGAUGAGACAAGAUCAAAAUUGCGGAGAAAAAGGGGGUAAAAUACCAAAAAAAUAAAAGUAUCAAUUGAUCAUCUCUGAACAGGCUUCUUGGUCAUGACUUUCCUUUUUCUCUGUGUCUUACAGGUGAUGGCAGUAAGAUGGCGGAUGCCACCACGAUGUUGUCUAUCUGUGACCCAGUCCACCUGGUGUUGAUAAAGAGAGACACGUCCAGUGAGACCACCCUGGUCUCCUCUUACUUCCUGGACUGGAGGACCGUCCUCUCCUCUCCCUCUGGGAAGACCAGCAUUGCUGUAGAGCUGCUUGGAGUCGGUAAGGACCCUGGGGUUGAACUAUUUGAGGUUACAUUUUCUGAAGGAAAGUAACCUGCAUUUUCUAUUCAUUUGCCUGAUUAACACCCAGUAAAAUAAAAAAAUUAAGAAAAAGGGAAAAAAUUCGUUGCUUUUUUUCGAGGUAGUGAGGUGGUUUUUUUUUGGGCGCCACUUCAGGGGGUGAGGUGUUUUGCUGUCCUUACGCAUGGAGGUGGGGUUUUUUCUGUCCUAAGGUGGAAGGGGUUUUUGGGUUUUUGUUCUGCCAAACUGUGGGUUAGGUGGGGUGUUUCUGUUCGUCCAAAACUAGGUAGUGAGUUUAGGUGUUUGUUCUGCCCUAAUUGGGUAGGGUGGGGUGUUUUUUUUCUGCCCUUACUGUGGGAGGAGUGUAGGGUUUCUUUCUGCCAACCCCGGGUAGGGGGAUGUAGGGGUUUCUGUUUGCCCUUAGUCGGGUGGGGGGGGUUUUUCGUUCUGUCCUUACUUGGGGGUAUUGAGUGUAGGGGUUUGUUCGUCCUACGGGGAGGGUUUUUUUCUUUUCUGCCAAAGCGGGGAGGUGGGGUUUUUUGUUCGUCCCCCCGGGGUAGUAGUGGGGGUUUUUUUCGUUCGUCUUCUGUCUUAGUGAGUGUAGGGUUUCUGUUUCCCCUUAGGGGUAGGGGUUAGGUGUUUUUUUUCUUUCCUAACUGGGGAUGAGUGUAGGUGUUUUUUUUUGUCCAACUGGGGAUGAGGUGGGGGUUUGUUUCGUUCCUUACGCGGGGGGGUGGGGGGUUUUUUCUGUUCUUCCUAACUGUGGGAGUGAUGUAGUGUUUUUGUUCGUCCUUACGCGGUAGGGAGGGGGAGGUUUUCUGUUUUUCCCCAACGGGGAGUGGUGUAGGGUUUUUUUCUGUUUACGUUGUGUAUGUGGUGUUUCGUUCUGUCCUAACGUCGGUUGAGUGUAGGGUUUCGUUCUGUCCAAAACGCGGUAGUGGGUAGGGUUUUGUUUGCCUAACGUGGUGUAAAGUUAGGGUUUUUUUGUUCUGUCCCUAACUGUCUAGUGAGUGGGGGUUUUCUGUCUUCCAAGCGGUAGGGGGGGUGUUUUUUCUGCCCUUACUGUGGGGGGGAGGGUGGGUGUUUUUUUUCUGCUAACUGGGGGAGUGAUUGGGGUUUUCUGUUCUGUCCUUCUGUCGGUAGGGAUGUAGUGUUUUUUUUCUGUCCUCGUCGGUAGGGUUGGUUUUUUGUUCGCCCUUACUGGGGUAGGGAUGUAGGUUUUUUUUUUCGCCCCUAACCGGUAUGAGUGAGGGUUUUUCGUUUGUCCUUAGCGGUAGGGGUGUAUGUUUCUGUUCUGCCCCACUUCGGAGUGAGGAAGGGUUUUUGUUGCUACGUCGGGAUAUGUGGGGUUUUGUUCGCCUUAUGUCGGUGGGAGGUAGGGUUUCUUUUUGUCCUUUCCAGGUAGUGAGUGUAGGUGUUUCUGUCUGUCCGCUUUUGGUAGUGAGUGUGGGUUUUGUUCUGUCCACUGGGGUAGUGAUGUUGGGGUUUUGUUCUUCAAAUGUCGGUAGUGAGGUAUGGUAUGUUCUAUCCUAACUCCAGGUAUAGUGUAGGUGUUUCUGUUCGGUAACUGGGGUGUGAGGGUGGUUUUUGUUUUCCCUAUGUCGUAGUGAGUGUAUUGUUUUGUUCUGCCCAAAAAAUUUUGGUAGGGGGGUUGGGUGUUUUGUUCUGUCCCUUAAAUGUCGGUAGGGAGGUAGGGUUUCUGUUCUUCCUUAGGGGGGGGGGGGGGGGGGUGUAGGGGUUUCUGUUUGUCCUUCGUCGGUGGGAGUGUAGGUGUUUUGUUCUGCCCUGACUGUCGGUGUGAGUGUAUGUGUUUUUUUCGCCCUAACUGUUGGUAGGGGAGUGUAGGUGUUUUGUGCUGUCCUUACUGUCGGUAGGUGUAGGUGUUUCGGGUUUGCCUUUGUCGGUGGGGGAUGUAGGUUUUUCGUUCUUCCUUACGUCGGUAGGGGGUAGGUUUUUCCCUGUUCUGUCCAAAAUGUGGGUUGAGUGUGGUUUUGUUUGCCCUGACUGUCGUAGGAGUGAGGGUUUUUCUGUUCUGCCCAAAAUGGGGGUAGGGGUGUAGGUGUUCUUUUUGUCCUUAGUGGGUAGGAGGUAGGGUUUCUGUUCGUCCUUACUGUCGGAGGGAUGUAGGGUUUCUGUUCUGCCCUUACUGUCUGUAGUAGGAGGUUUUCUUUUUCUGUCCUUACUGUCGGUAGUGAGUGUAUGUUUUCUUUCUGUCCAACUGUUGGGUAGGAGUGUAGGUUUUUUCUGUCUGCCUUACUUGAAAGGGGAUGUAGGUGUUUUUUUUUUGCCCCAAGGGGAGGGAGGAGGUUUUUUCUGUUCUGUCCUAUCUCCAGGUAGGGGGUAGGUUUCGUUUUUCCUUACUGUCGGUAGGGAGUGUGGGUGUUUCUUUUUCUGUCCUUAUGUCGGGGAGUGUGGGUUUUUUUUUCUUCCAAACUGCGGAAAGGGAUUUAGGUUUUUCUGUUCGUCCUAUCUCCAGGAGUGAUGUAGGUUUUUUUGUUUGCCCCUUUCUGUCGAGGGAGGUAGGUGUUUCUUUUCUUCCUGAUGUGGGGUAGUGAGGAUGUGUUUCGUUCUUCAAAACAGGUAGUGAUUUUAGGCUACCAGCUAGUUGACCAUGUGCAGAGAUGGGCAGUAUUUCAAUUACUUUUGAGUAUUUAGUCAUUUGUAUCACACUGGGCUGAACUACACUCCAAUGUGUUUGUAGCAAGAUACUUUCCAGAGCUGUAAUUUGUAUUUACUAAUUACUUUUCUAUACCAUUGUUUAUAGCGGUUCACCAUUUUGUGGCUCCCUUUCACCCUGCAUUUGUAUUAGAAGUCUGAUGGCACUAUGGUGUGAUAAGAGUGCCUGCUAAAUUAACUAAAUGUGUAUGUAAAAAUUGACAAUUGCAAAGCAUGCUGAGUAUUAUUCUAAUGAGCUCUGCCCCGAAACAAGGUUUUGUCUAGAAGGGGUACAGCUUUUGUCAAAAUUGACUUUUUCUAGCAGGUGUAGGAGAGCUUACACAGCAGGUUAGGAUAAUUAACGUAGCAGGUUAGGAUAAUCAGGUUAAGCUGUAACCCAUCUAGGCAUGACCCUGAAACAGGGCCGCUAAUAAUACCCAGUUUGCUUUGCAGUUCAUUUUGGUGUGUUCAUUUUCACAUAUACAUUUACAUUUGGUCAUUUAGCGGACAGUGUUAUCCAGAGUGACUUCCAGUCAGUGCAUUCUACUAAGAUGGAUAAACGACAUCAUACCACAAUAAAACGUUUCUGUCACCGUUACUGACAAUGUUGUUGCUGUUCGGCUGGCUACUUGCAAAUUUAUCUCUGUAUUUUAAAAAUACUAAAUACAUGUAUUUUCAUUAAAUACAUUUCAAAAUACAAGUAUUUAUUUCGUAGUUUAUUUUGAUACAUUGGUCUUUAUGGUAUGUUGUAAUAGUAUUUAGUCAUUUUUUCCCCAUCCCUACCCAUGUGUUCAGUAUGUGUAUCUGAUGUCUGCUCUGUCCUAACUGUAGGUAGUGAAUUUAAGGUAUCAGCUGGUGUUCUCAAUGUGAGUCUGGAACUCUAUCCUCCUCUGACAGAGGCCCUGUCACCUGACAUCAUCACCACACAGGUCAGAGACUGGUCACGCUAUGCUAUGCUACUAUGCUCUGUCACGUUGUCAUGCUAUGAUUCACUAACAUUUGUAUCGUUCCUUCCUAAGAGGCAGCCAUUUAUAAUGAUUGUUAUUAUUUGCAGCAAUCCCUGGAGCGCCAGAAGACAGCGGAGAAGGAGAGGUUGUUUCUCUUCUAUGCUAAACAGUGGUGGAGAGAGUUUCUAGAGAUCAGACAGUCAAACCAAGCCAAACUGGUCAAGAUCUUUGCACAGGUCCUCACAAUGUUUGCUUUUGUUGUAAUACUUGUGUAUUAAUAUAAUACUGAUGUAUUAGUGUUUAAUAAUAUUAAAAACCAUUGUUGUGUGUGUUUUUAGGAUGAGAAUGGUGUCGAGUUUGUAAUGGGCCGAGUUAGCUGUGCUGUGUGUUAGCUGGGUGUGUGUUAGCUUGGGUGUGUGUUAGCUGUGAUGUGUGUUAGCUGGGUGUGUGUUAGCUGUGGUGUGUGUUAGCUGUGGUGUGUGUUAGCUGGGUGUGUGUUAGCUGGGUGUGUGUUAGUUGGGUGUGUGUUAGCUGUGGUGUGUGUUAGCUGUGGUGUGUGUUAGCUGUGCUGUGUGUUAGCUGGGUGUGUGUUAGUUGGGUGUGUGUUAGCUGGGUGUGUGUUAGCUGUGAUGUGCGUUAGCUGGGUGUGUGUUAGCUGUGCUGUGUGUUAGCUGUCUGUGUGUUAGCUGGGUGUGUGUUAGCUGUGAUGUGUGUUAGCUGUGCUGUGUGUUAGCUGGGUGUGUGUUAGCUGUGAUGUGUGUUAGCUGGGUGUGUGUUAGCUGGGUGUGUGUUAGCUGUGAUGUGUGUUAGCUGGGUGUGUGUUAGCUGUGGUGUGUGUUAGCUGUGGUGUGUGUUAGCUGGGUGUGUGUUAGCUGGUGUGUGUUAGUUGGGUGUGUGUUAGCUGUGGUGUGUGUUAGCUGUGGUGUGUGUUAGCUGUGGUGUGUGUUAGCUGGGUGUGUGUUAGUUGGGUGUGUGUUAGCUGGUGUGUGUUAGCUGUGGUGUGUGUUAGCUGGGUGUGUGUUAGCUGUGCUGUGUGUUAGGCUGUGCUGUGUGUUUAGCUGGUGUGUGUUAGCUGUGGUGUGUGUUAGCUGGGUGUGUGUUAGCUGGGUGUGUGUUAGCUGUGGUGUGUGUUAGCUGGGUGUGUGUUAGCUGUGGUGUGUGUUAGCUGUGGUGUGUGUUAGCUGGGUGUGUGUUAGCUGGGUGUGUGUUAGUUGGGUGUGUGUUAGCUGGGGUGUGUGUUAGCUGUGGUGUGUGUUAGCUGGGUGUGUGUUAGCUGUGGUGUGUGUUAGCUGUGGUGUGUGUUAGCUGGGUGUGUGUUAGCUGGGUGUGUGUUAUUGGGUGUGUGUUAGCUGUGGUGUGUGUUAGCUGUGCUGUGUGUUAGCUGUGCUGUGUGUUAGCUGGGUGUGUGUUAGUUGGGUGUGUGUUAGCUGGGUGUGUGUUAGCUGUGGUGUGUGUUAGCUGUGGUGUGUGUUAGCUGGGUGUGUGUUAGCUGUGGUGUGUGUUAGCUGUGGCUGUGUGUUAGCUGGGUGUGUGUUAGCUGUGAUGUGUGUUAGCUGGGUGUGUGUUAGCUGGGUGUGGGUUAGCUGUGGUGUGUGUUAGCUGGGUGUGUGUUAGCUGUGGUGUGUGUUAGCUGUGGUGUGUGUUAGCUGGGUGUGUGUUAGCUGGGUGUGUGUUAGUUGGGUGUGUGUUAGCUGUGGUGUGUGUUAGCUGUGGUGUGUGUUAGCUGUGGUGUGUGUUAGCUGGGUGUGUGUUAGUUGGGUGUGUGUUAGCUGGGUGUGUGUUAGCUGUGUGUGCGUUAGCUGGGUGUGUGUUAGCUGUGCUGUGUGUUAGCUGUGCUGUGUGUUAGCUGGGUGUGUGUUAGCUGUGAUGUGUGUUAGCUGGGUGUGUGUUAGCUGGGUGUGUGUUAGCUGUGAUGUGUGUUAGCUGGGUGUGUGUUAGCUGUGAUGUGUGUUAGCUGGGUGUGUGUUAGCUGUGAUGUGUGUUAGCUGGGUGUGUGUUAGCUGGGUGUGUGUUAGCUGGGUGUGUGUUAGCUGUGAUGUGUGUGUUAGCUGGGUGUGUGUUAGCUGGGUGUGUGUUAGCUGUGCUGUAUUUGAACUCUGCUGUAUUUGAACUCUGCUGUCUUGCUUGCAGGAUGAGAACGGCGUCAACAGGCCGGUGUGUUCCUACGUGCGUGUCCUGCGUGCUGGUCGUCUCCUGGAGAGUCCCCGUCAGGCAGCUCGCUUCGUUAGCCUUCUGGGCCUGGAGAAAGCCCCUGUGGUGGGGGGAGGAGGAGGGGGCAAACAGGAGCAGUGGUGCUCUCUCCUCGCCUUCCUCUGUAGAGGCAAGGUAAGGACUGGCUCUGUUCUGUACCACACUGUUUAUACUGCAUGUGUUGUAGACACUGUGGCUGUUGAAAAAGACUAGGCAAGGCCUGCUCAAAAACCACACAACACACACAGCCAUAACCAUUUAGACAGUUGUAAUACUAUUAAGUCUUUAACCUCUGACAACUUAUCUCUCUCUCUCUGUUGUAAUCCUCAGUGGUGGAAUUGUACAAUAAUUGAUUUAUAAAACUGUUAUUUAAACUGUCUAUUAUGAGAAGAUGUGUUUUUAUCCUGAUGGACAGUUCUGGGAUUUUCCCCCAGUGCAGCAGAAUGAAUAAAUGCCUCUCCUCCUCCUCUCUCCUCUCCUCCUCUCCCCUCCCCCACCUCUCCCCUCCCCUCCUCUCCUCCUCCUCUCCCCUCCACUCCUCCUCUCCUCCUCUCCUCUCCUCCUCCUCUCCUCUCCCCCCUCCUCCUCUCCUCUCCUCUCCUCUCCUCUCCUCUCCUCUCCUCUCCUCUCCUCUCCUCUCCUCUCCUCUCCUCUCCUCUCCUCUCCUCUCCUCUCCUCUCCUCUCCUCUCCUCUCCUCUCCUCUCUUCUCCUCUCUUCUCCUCUCCUCCCACCUCUCCUCUCACCCCUCCUCCUCUCCUCCUCCUCUCCUCUUCCCUCUCCUCCUCUCCCCUCCCCUCCUCUCCUCCUCCUCUCCUCCUCCUCUCCCCUCCCCUCUCCUCCUCUCCCCUCACAACACACACAGCCAUAACCAUUUAGACCUGUAUACUAUUAAGUCUUUAACCUCCUGACCCCAACUUAUCUCACUCUCUCUGUGUAAUCCUCAGUGGUUUGAACUGGACAAUUUGAUUUUAAAACUGUUGAACUGUCUAUUAUGAGAAGAGUGUUUUUUAUCCUGAGGGACGGAUCUGGGAUUUUCCCCAGUGCGCAGAUGAAUAAAUUCCUAUCCUCCUCCUCUCCCCCUCCCUCCUCCUCCUCCCCCUCUUCUCCUCUCCCCUCCCCUCCUCUCCCCCUCCCCUCCUCUCCUCCUCCCCCUCCCCUCCCCUCCCUGACUGAGACAUGAUGACCAGCCUAUGGAAUUAGAGUUCGGUUAACUAGACCAGUACUGAGACCUGAUGACCAUCUUAUGGAUUAAAGGGUUACGAGGUUAGGAAGUGGUCUAGACUGAUGCAGAUGAUUCCCCACCUUAGAAUGGAUUCAAAUCCCAGCUCUGUGGUGCUCCGCGACCUGAGCCCCAUACUCCACAUUCCCCCGUCAUGAUAUGGAUUAGAGUUAGGGUUAGGAACUGAGACCAGACUGAGACAAUGAUGACCAUCCUUAUGGGAUUUAGAGUUAGGGUUAGGAACUGAUACCAGACUGAGACAUGAUGACCAUCCUUAUGGGUUAGAGUUAGGGUUAGGAACUGAGACCAGACUGAGACAUGAUGACCAUCCUUAUGGAUUAGAGUUAGGGUUAGGAACUGAGACCAGACUGAGACAUGAUGACCAUCCUUAUGGGUUAGAGUUAGGGUUAGGAACUGAGACCAGACUGAGACAUGAUGACCCAUCCUUAUGGGUUAGAGUUAGGGUUAGGAACUGAGACCAGACUGAGACAUGAUGACCAUCCUUAUGGGUUAGAGUUAGGGUUAGGAAACUGAGACCAGACUGAGACAUGAUGACCAUCCUUAUGGGUUAGAGUUAGGGUUAGGAACUGAGACCAGACUGAGACAUGAUGACCAUCCUUAUGGGUUAGAGUUAGGGUUAGGAACUGAGACCAGACUGAGACAUGAUGACCAUCCUUAUGGGUUAGAGUUAGGGUUAGGAACUGAGACCAGACUGAGACAUGAUGACCAUCCUUAUGGGUUAGAGUUAGGGUUAGGAACUGAGACCAGACUGAGACAUGAUGACCAUCCUUAUGGGUUAGAGUUAGGGUUAGGAACUGAGACCAGACUGAGACAUGAUGACCAGCCCUAUGGGUUAGAGUUAGGGUUAGGAACUGAGACCAGACUGAGACAUGAUGACCAUCCUUAUGGGUUAGAGUUAGGGUAGGAACUGAGACCAGACUGAGACAUGAUGACCAUCCUUAUGGGUUAGAGUUAGGGUUAGGAACUGAGACCAGACUGAGACAUGAUGACCAGCCCUAUGGGUUAGAGUUAGGGUUAGGAACUGAGACCAGACUGAGACAUGAUGACCAUCCUUAUGGGUUAGAGUUAGGGUUAGGAACUGAGACCAGACUGAGACAUGAUGACCAUCCUUAUGGGUUAGAGUUAGGGUUAGGAACUGAGACCAGACUGAGAAAUGAUGACCAGCCCUAUGGGUUAGAGUUAGGGUUAGGACAGCGUUUCUCAAACUCGGCCCUCGCGACCCCAAGGGGUGCAUGUUUUGGUUUCUGCCCUAACAGUACACAGCAGAUUGAAAUGAUCAAAGCUAGGGCAAAAAACUAAACAUGCACUCCUUGGGGUCCAGAGGACCGAGUUUGGGAAACUCUGGGUUAGGAAAUGAGGCCAGACUGAGACAUGGUGUUUUUGGUGUUUCCAGGGAGACUGUGACAUCUCUCUGAUCUGAUUGGUUGUGUGUUUCCAGGGCGACUGUGAGGACCAUGCCACCCUGCUGUGCAGUCUGCUGCUGGGGUUUGGCCUGGAUGCCUACGUGUGUGUUGGCACUAAGCCCAAGGGCUUGGCACACACCUGGGUGAUGACCAGGGGCACUGACAGUACCAUCACCUUCUGGGAGAGCCUGACCGCACACAGGUGAGACUAAAGCCUGGUUCAGAUUCAACAGCCGACAUGAGAUCAGACAGAACUAGACUGUUUCAGAAUGUUGUGUUGUAGAGCAGACGGUCUAAAGACCAGAGACGGGGCCUCCUUCAUCGCAGUGCUUGAGGCAUCACUACAGGCCCGGGUUCGAUCCCAGGCUGUGUCACACCCGGCUGUGACCGUGAAUCCCAUAGGGCAGCGCACAAUUGGCUCAUCAUGCUCUAGCGACUCCUUGUGGCAGGCCGGGUGCCUGCAGGCUGACUUCGUUCGUCAGUUGAACAGUGUUUCCUCUGACACAUUGGUGCAGCUGGCUUCCGGGUUAAGCGGGCGGGUGUUAAGAAGUGCGGUUUGGCGGGUCAUGUUUCAGAGGACACAUGACUCGACUUUCGCCUCCCGAGCCCGUUGGGUAGUUGCAGCGAUGAGACAAGAUUGAAAUUGGGGGGGGAUUAAAAUUAAAAUUGACCAGACACAGUUCAGACCGUUUCCACGGUAACGCUGCCUCUUUACAAUGACAUGAUUUCUUUGAAACAAAGUUGCCACUUGUUGCAGCUAGGUGUUGUAGCAGCGGCUAGGUGUUGUAGCAGCGGCUAGGUGUUGUAGCCUCGCUAGGUGUUUGUAUCAGCAGCUAGGUUUGUAGCAGCGCUAGGUGUUGUAGCAGCGGCUAGGUGUUGUGCCCGGCUAGUGUUGUACGCGCUAGGUGUUUGUAGCAGCGGCUAGGUUGUUUGUAGCAGCGCUAGGUGUUUAGCAGCGUGGCGAGGUGGUUUGUCGGCAGCGGCUCGGUGUUUGUAGCAGCGGCUAGGUGUUGUAGCAACGGCUAGGUGUUGUAUUAGCGGCUAGGUGUUGUAGCAGCGGCUAGGUGUUGUAGCAGCGGCUAGGUGUUGUAGCAGCGGCUAGGUGUUGUAGCAGCGGCUAGGUGUUGUAGCAGCGGCUAGGUGUUGUAGCAGCGGCUAGGUGUUGUAGCAGCGGCUAGGUGUUGUAGCAGCGGCUAGGUGUUGUAGCAGCGGCUAGGUGUUGUAGCAGCAGCUAGGUGUUGUAGCAAACAACUUUCAUGAAAUACAUGCACCAGAAACAUGACGACUCGUCAGAGAAAUAUCAACAAGCUAAUCUAGCUGUUACUGCAAUAAAACAGCUAGAUCGCUGUCUGCUUGACUAACUAAUUAGCUGCUUGGCUGAACACAGAACGUCAGCGCACUGUUCUCUGAUUGGCUAAAGGAAGUAGCAAGUUUUUAGCUAAGAUUUGCAGCCAACAUGAGAUGAUCUAAAACUAGACUGUUCAGAUCAAACAAAUUUUGCUCUAUAACUGCAUAAACGCGUCUGGUGUUUUAGAUGUGAACUGGGCUUAACACACCUGCAACAAUUUGUCCUCUGUCUCUCUGGCUGAGAGUUUCUAAUGGGUUAACUGAGUCCCCUUCACCAGGGUGCAGCAAUGUUGUGAAUAGACCUGUCAUGAUCCCUUCCUCUAGUCUAUACGUCAGUGGCAUGUCUGUUCUACACAAUAUUUUUCUAUCUUGUAGCUCAGCUGGUAGAGCACGGCGCUUGUAACGCCAAGGUAGUGGGUUCGAUCCCCGGGACCACCCAUACACAAAAAUGUAUGCACGCAUGACUGUAAGUCGCUUUGGAUAAAAGCGUCUGCUAAAUGGCAUUAUUAUUAUUAUUAUUAUUAUUAUUAUAUCUGUUCAACCAUGUUGUUUUAGGUACCUCCACCAGGCCAUUGACCCAGAUGCCCCUCCCCUGGCCCCCCAGCCCCGCCCCUCCUAUCCCUACAGGACCAUCGGCUGUGUGUUCAACCACAAGGCCUUCCUGGCCAACUGCCAGCCGUCGGACGCCGUGGAACUCUGCGUGUUUGACUUCCACAACCAGUCCCAGUGGAAGGCUAUGAGUGAGGAGGCUGUUGGCUCAGUGUGCUCCCCGGGCAGCACCACCUCUCUGCCCCCUCUACCUCCUCUCUGUGGUCCCUCCCUGGAGCCCAGCGCUGCCUCCAACCAGCUGGAACUGGAGCUGAGGUACCUGGUGGUGGAACACAGGAAGGUGAGAGUAGAAACACAGCUUACAGGUUGGCUUAGUUAAAACUGAAACACCUGUCAGAGCCCAUAUCUGUCAGCCAUGUUGUGUUGUGUAUCUACAGUACAAGAUAUUAACAUGGCCUCUGUGUAUAGUCAUGUUGUGUAUCUACAGUACAGGAUAUUAACAUGGUCUCUGUGUAUAGUCAUGUUGUGUAUCUACAGUUCAGGAUAUUAACAUGGCCUCUGUGUAUAGUCAUGUUGUGUAUCUACAGUACAGGAUAUUAACAUGGCCUUUAUGUGUAUAGUCAUGUUGUGUAUCUACAGUACAGGAUAUUAACAUGGCCUCUGUGUAUAGUCAUGUUGUGUAUCUACAGUACAGGAUAUUAACAUGGUCUCUGUGUAUAGUCAUGUUGUGUAUCUACAGUACAGGAUAUUAACAUGGUCUCUGUGUAUAGUCAUGUUGUGUCUCUACAGUACAGGAUAUUAACAUGGCCUCUAUGUGUAUAGUCAUGUUGUGUAUCUACAGUACAUGAUAUUAACAUGGCCUCUAUGUGUAUAGUCAUGUUGUGUAUCUACAGUACAGGAUAUUAACAUGGCCUCUGUGUAUAGUCAUGUUGUGUAUCUACAGUACAGGAUAUUAACAUGGUCUCUGUGUAUAGUCAUGUUGUGUAUCUACAGUACAGGAUAUUAACAUGGCCUUUAUGUGUAUAUUCAUGUUGUGUAUCUACAGUACAGGAUAUUAACAUGGCCUCUGUGUAUAGUCAUGUUGUGUAUCUACAGUACAGGAUAUUAACAUGGCCUCUGUGUAUAGUCAUGUUGUGUAUCUACAGUACAGGAUAUUAACAUGGCCUUUAUGUGUAUAGUCAUGUUGUGUAUCUACAGUACAGGAUAUUAACAUGGCCUCUGUGUAUAGUCAUGUUGUGUAUCUACAGUACAGGAUAUUAACAUGGUCUCUGUGUAUAUUCAUGUUGUGUAUCUACAGUACAGGAUAUUAACAUGGUCUCUGUGUAUAGUCAUGUUGUGUCUCUACAGUACAGGAUAUUAACAUGGCCUCUGUGUAUAGUCAUGUUGUGUAUCUACAGUACAGGAUAUUAACAUGGCCUCUAUGUGUAUAGUCAUGUUGUGUAUCUACAGUACAGGAUAUUAACAUGGCCUCUGUGUAUAGUCAUGUUGUGUAUCUACAGUACAGGAUAUUAACAUGGUCUCUGUGUAUAGUCAUGUUGUGUAUCUACAGUACAGGAUAUUAACAUGGCCUUUAUGUGUAUAUUCAUGUUGUGUAUCUACAGUACAGGAUAUUAACAUGGUCUCUGUGUAUAGUCAUGUUGUGUAUCUACAGUUCAGGAUAUUAACAUGGCCUCUGUGUAUAGUCAUGUUGUGUAUCUACAGUACAGGAUAUUAACAUGGUCUCUGUGUAUAGUCAUGUUGUGUAUCUACAGUACAGGAUAUUAACAUGGCCUUUAUGUGUAUAUUCAUGUUGUGUAUGUACAGUACAGGAUAUUAACAUGGCCUUUAUGUGUAUAGUCAUGUUGUGUAUCUACAGUACAGGAUAUUAACAUGGCCUCUGUGUAUAGUAAUGUUGUGUAUCUACAGUACAGGAUAUUAACAUGGCCUCUGUGUAUAGUCAUGUUGUGUAUCUACAGUACAGGAUAUUAACAUGGCCUCUGUGUAUAGUCAUGUUGUGUAUCUACAGUACAGGAUAUUAACAUGGUCUCUGUGUAUAGUAAUGUUGUGUAUCUACAGUACAGGAUAUUAACAUGGCCUCUGUGUAUAGUCAUGUUGUGUAUCUACAGUACAGGAUAUUAACAUGGUCUCUGUGUAUAGUCAUGUUGUGUAUCUACAGUUCAGGAUAUUAACAUGGUCUCUGUGUAUAGUCAUGUUGUGUAUCUACAGUACAGGAUAUUAACAUGGCCUCUGUGUAUAGUCAUGUUGUGUAUCUACAGUACAGGAUAUUAACAUGGCCUCUAUGUGUAUAGUCAUGUUGUGUAUCUACAGUACAGGAUAUUAACAUGGUCUCUGUGUAUAGUCAUGUUGUGUAUCUACAGUACAUGAUAUUAACAUGGCCUCUAUGUGUAUAGUCAUGUUGUGUAUCUACAGUACAGGAUAUUAACAUGGCCUCUAUGUGUAUAGUCAUGUUGUGUAUCUACAGUACAGGAUAUUAACAUGGCCUCUGUGUAUAGUCAUGUUGUGUAUCUACAGUACAGGAUAUUAACAUGGCCUCUGUGUAUAGUCAUGUUGUGUAUCUACAGUACAGGAUAUUAACAUGGCCUCUAUGUGUAUAGUCAUGUUGUGUAUCUGUUUAUCUGCUGCAGGGAUGGGGAACUUUGAAGGGGGUGGGGGCCACAAAACAUCUGAUCUCAUCAUGAGGGGCCGCAGUGUUUUGCGGGUCUGACCUCCUCAUGAGGGGCCGCAGUGUUUUGCGGGUCUGACCUCAUCAUUAGGGGCCGCAGUGUUUUGCGGGUCUGACCUCAUCAUGAGGGUCUGCGUACACACAUCCAUACCCACACAUGUAGUCAGAGCCGGCCUUAGCCUUUUGGGGGCCCUUGUCCCUAGCCUUUUGGAGGCCCUUGUCCCUAGCCUUUUGGGGGCCCUUGUCCCUAGCCUUUUGGGGGCCCUUGUCUUUAGCCUUUUUGGGGCCCUUGGCCCUAGCCUUUUGGGGGCCCUUGGCCCUAGCCUUUUGGGGGCCCUUGGCCCUAGCCUUUUGGGGGCCCUUGUCCCUAGCCUUUUGGGGGCCCUUGUCUUUAGCCUUUUUGGGGCCCUUGGCCCUAGCCUUUUGGGGGCCCUUGGCCCUAGCCUUUUGGGGGCCCUUGGCCCUAGCCUUUUGUGGGCCCUUGGCCCUAGCCCUUUGGGAGCCCAACAUGUUGUUGCCCCUCCCCCUAACUUGCGAGAAAACAUUUUAGCGACCGCCUCUUGACAGUCUUGCAAUUGUGUUUGUAGAAGCUGUAUUAUAGUAGUUCUCUGUGUGUGUCUCUCGCCAGGACCUGGGCCUGGCCACGGUGUGGGAGGACCACCUGUCUUACGUGCUGUCCUCUGCCCUGGCGGCGUACGAGCUGGAGCGCUGCACGGGGACUUCCUGCGGUAACGAGGAGUUCCAGGACGCUGUGCGGAGGGCGGUGCCGGACGGACACACCUUCAAAGGUUUCCCCAUCCACUUCCUGCACCACAACGCACGCAGAGCCUUCGCUACCUGCCUCAGGUUACUAUAGCAACGCAUCGCAACACCUAAUGUUUCCAGCUUAUAGACACGUCACAGUUUUAUAAGUUGUUCAGAUAAGUUACGAGCUGAAGAACAGGAGAGGUGUGCGUUGUCAUGGAUACAGAAGUGGUGUGUGUUGUCAUGGAUACAGAAGUGGUGUUGUAACUCAAAUGUAAAUGUAAUGUAAAUGUAACUGUUGUUGUCUGGGCAGGUCUCCGUUCUGUGAUGAGAUAGUGUGUUGCCGUGGGGACCACGUGAGGCUGGCGGUGCGUGUCCGGGUGUUUGCGUACCCUGAGUCUGCCUGUGCUGUCUGGGUGAUGUUCGCCUGCAAGUAUCGUUCUGUACUCUGA